AUGUCAUCAUCAUCUUUACCACCAAUAAACAGUACCAACAAUCAAACUAUUUCCUCCUCAAAAAAUUCAAUAACAAUACCGAUUACAUCGUCAUCAUCUUCUUUAGUUUCUUCUGCUUCUAAGAAAGCCAAUCCAUCAAAAAACACGCAUACUCUAUCCUCGUCAUUGCAAAUUCCUAAAGUAACAAAAACACUCUUAGGAUUCCCGGAUGGGAAUAUACCAACAGAUCAAGAUACAGAUCCAUAUGUGACAAAAAUCGGUGGAAUUCCAAAUUGGUUUGCAUCAUCAUCUUCAUUCUCAUCACCAGAGCUAUCCGGAUCGUUGAUUCCUUCUUUCGGCGUGGCAAUAUGUGGUAAUUGUGGUAAAGAAAUGUUUUUGCUGUUCCAGGGUUAUGUGCCGUUAGAUCGGUCCCCGUAUGAUCGUAUUAUUUAUGUCUGGGGGUGUAAUCAGCAACGAUGUAUGCGUAAAUCUGGAAGCUUUCGUGCUAUUCGCGCACACCGAUUGAACAAAGAAUACGCACAACAAUUACGUCAGGAUAAAGAAAAGUACGCGAAUGCUAUCGCUCCGCCAGCAUUUAAUUUGAAAGAACUCCUGUUGUCAAGUAAUAAUCAUUCAAACACAACAUCAUUACGGUCAAUUGAAGUCACAACAACAAGUGAUUAUGAAUAUCCAAAGCUUGAGUCUACUGUGCAUAGAAAAAUAUCCGAAAUUUCGUCACCUAAAGAUGAAAUUCCACCCAGCAAUCACAAUAAAAAUGAUUCACAUACAUCAUCCAAAAAUUGGAGUCAAAUUGUAUCUGAAGAAAUAACUACAAGUCAUAAUAAAGAUGAAAAAGAACCACCACGCGAUAUAAAUGACCUUUCAAAUCGAAUACAAAAGCUCGAAUUAGUUGACUCGUCGUCAGAUUUCUUAUCAUAUAAAGAAUGGCCAAAAUCAAUCUCCCAUUUCCCUGCACAAUAUCUAUACAUCACCGAAGAAAUUCUCGAGGAAAACCAGAAUUUCAACCUUUUGAAAAAAUACGAGCAAUAUCUGAAUUACGAAGACUACAAUAACUGCGAUGAUGGAAACCUGGGCGAAUGGGCUGGCGAAAAGUAUGAGAAAUCUGUGUUACCUAAGGGUGUUGAUAAGGCAUUUAAAAAGUUCUCAAAGCGUGUUGCAGAAUGGCCGGAUCAAUGUGUCCGAUAUGAGUUUGGUGGUCAACCUUUACUAUACAACCAAAAUUACUUAACAGGAUCUGAGAAUACAAGAAUUCCUCCGUGUAAGAAUUGUGGAAAAGAUCGAGUCUUUGAAUUUCAAUUAAUGCCAAAUACUCUAUACGCAUUAUCUACAAGCAAAUAUGCAAGAAUCCAAUCUGACGAGGACGACAAUCAUCAUAAUGCUUAUAAUAUUUAUCAAUUUAAUCUCGGAAUGGAAUGGGGUACUGUGAUAAUAUUUACGUGUGUGAAUGAUUGUAGUAAGAAUAAUAAUGCAACUAUGGCUUCUUCAUUUGGCUCAAGUUCCAAAGCUCCCUUAUCAACUGUUUCUAGCAUUACCAACGGUACUAAUAACAACAGUAACAAAGAUAGAAAUAGCAAUAAUGCUACCAGUCCAAGCUUCCCCUUUAGCAAUAACCGCAAGUUGAAGUUGGAUGGUGCCGACAUUCGCUGUCGUAAUUGCAAAGCAAUCAAAGCGCAACUCGACAACAUUGUACGCGCGGACGAAAACGAGAUAUACCAACUCAAUGACAUGAUCGCGGUAAAAGAUAUUCGCAUUAUUGAACUCCAGCAAAGCUUAGAACAAGCUAAUGACAUCAAGAAGAUAAAGGAUCAUCGUAUUCGUGUGCUCGAGGACUCGUUACGUGACUUUAAAACUAAAUUUAUCGUGAUGCAGGACGAACUCAUUAAUAAUAUCGAUUUUUCAUCCGACUCCACUAAUUCAGUCGCUAGUGAUGAAGAUGAUAAAGAGGAAAUAGAAUGGGUGUAUUCUCCUCAACAGCAGCAACAGCAGCAGCAACAACAGCAGCAACAACAGCAGCAGCAACAACAUCAUCAUCAUCGUCAAAAUAAUUAUGAUUUGCAAUUAGACAAAUUUGGACAAGGAUCUGAUACCAGUUCAGUUAAUCGUGUGUACAUCGGUGGUGUCUCCCCUGAUCUUAAGAAACCUCGGUUGAAAAAAUGUUUGGAAAAAUGCGCGUUCGUUGAGUUUGCUGAGCAUAAAACUUAUGAAAUGGCUCUCGACCAGGGAUACGUACAAUUGGAUGGCGACACACUUCACAUUAACACACUCAAAAUAAAUACUCUUAAAAAAAUAGGCUUGAAAAUUUAA